UCUUCUUUUUCUCUCUUUGUUUUGUCUUAUUGUUCGAGAGCGGCGAGGGUUUGGUGGGGGUUUUCGUGGGAUGGAGGGCUUAUGGGGACCCUAGAAAUCUCUGGAAACGCAAACCCUAGCUCGCAUUCUCGCCGACGGUGGUAGAAAGACUAGGGAAAUUUUCAAAGAAGGAGCUUGAUAGGAGUAGCUGAUAUUGAAGUGGAAUCAGUGGUUAGUGUGGUGUGCAUGUAUGGAUUCCCGGGAGCCGUCCAGAAUGAACUCCUCUGAGCCACCGGGAAUGAUGAUGGGCUCCAACUCAUUUGCAGCUGGAGUUCAGAACAGUUCAAUGGCAAUGCCACCAGGAAUUUCACCAGGGAUGAGGCUCUCAUUCAAUCAUAUGCCUCCUGGGUCAAAGCCCAUGGACUCUACUAGUUCUUUGUACUCUGGAGAUGGCAUGCAAGGCAUGAGGCCAUGUGGCAUGCUGAACAUGAGUGGCGAGCCAAUGAAGAAGAAGAGAGGAAGACCAAGGAAAUAUGGGCCUGAUGGAAGCAUGGCAUUGGCUUUAUCUCCCUUAUCCACUCACUCCAAUAGUCCAAUGACAGAAUCGGGUAAAAAACGUGGCCGCCCUCGAGGUUCUGGAAAGAAGCAACAGCUUGAUGCCUUAGGUUCUGCUGGGAUUGCUUUUACACCACAUGUCAUCACUGUGAAAGCUGGAGAAGAUGUCGCUUCGAAAAUCAUGGCUUUUUCUCAGCAAGGUCCUCGUACAAUAUGCAUUCUUUCAGCAAACGGUGCCAUCUGCAAUGUUACUCUUCGUCAACCAGCAACUUCUGGUGGAACUGUGACUUAUGAGGGACGAUUUGAGAUUCUCUCUCUUUCUGGUUCAUAUUUGCUUACUGAGAACGGCGGCACUCGAAGCAGAACUGGUGGAUUGAGUGUAGCAUUAGCUGGAUCUGAUGGACGUGUUCUCGGUGGUGGAGUAGCUGGAAUGCUCAUGGCUGCAGGCCCAGUGCAGGUAGUAGUAGGCAGUUUUAUUGCCGAGGGGAAGAAGUCAAAGCCUGAACCUCCAAAACACGAUCCUUCCCUCGGUCCACCCCAGUUGUCAGGCUUUGCAGCACCAUCAGCAACCAGCCCUCCAUCUCAGGGGACCUCAAGUGAAUCAUCAGAUGAUGACCCGGGCAGUCCCAUGAACCAUAGCGGCGGAGGAAACAACAAUUCCGGCCAUCAUGUUCACAGUAUGCCAUAUGCCCCGGUCGGAUGGCCACACUCUGCUAAUCCGCUCCGGCAUGACCCAUAGAUGACUUAUGAUUUCCUAACUAACGAGUCAGGCAUUCAGUUUGAGAAUGUGUUGUUUCAUGUGGUGUUGGAAUGAGAGUGAGAAUUUUAGGAGCUAGACCAGUACUUCAUUUAGUAAUUAGUAGGCAGCUAAUGUUAUCCGUUUGUUUCUAAUCAAAAUCCAUGUUUAGUGUGAUAAAUUAUGGUUGAUAACUAAACUAUGUAUUGACCUUUAGUUGUAUCUUUUUAUUAUGGAUA